AUCACUGAACUUAGAACAAGAGGCCAGAGAAAGGGAGUCAGAAAAGGAGAGGAACAAAUUACUUGGAAUCGCCACUCCAGCUUCCUCCAACGACAACACUAAUCUGUUCUCUACAGAUGUGCAGACGCUGGACAUGAUGCAGGCAUUGUGUUUGCCUGUAGGGGCAUCUGUGUCCCUCCUCAUCAUGUUCUUCUUCUUUGACUCCAUGCAGAUGCUCUUUGCUGUCUGUACUGCAAUUAUAGCUACUGUGGCACUAGCAUUCCUUUUGCUGCCUAUGUGUCAGUACAUCAUCAGACCGUGUUCUGAUAACAAAAAAAUAUCGUUUGGUGUUUGCGGGAGGUUUACAGGAGCGGAGAUCAUGGCCUUCUGCCUAUCUGUGUCCAUUGUUUGCAUUUGGGUCAUGACGGGUCACUGGCUCCUCAUGGAUGCAAUGGGAAUGGGGCUGUGUGUUGCCUUCAUUGCAUUUGUGCGGCUACCUAGCCUCAAAGUGUCCACACUGCUCCUGACUGGACUUCUGGUGUAUGACGUUUUCUGGGUGUUCUUUUCCUCGUAUGUGUUCAACGCUAACGUCAUGGUGAAGGUUGCAACUCGCCCAGCAGAGAAUCCUGUGGGAGUGAUGGCCCGCAAGCUCCACCUGGGCAGUGUGGGACGCGAGGCCCCCAAGCUCUCUCUGCCUGGCAAAUUGGUCUUCCCAUCAAUGCACAACACUGGCCACUUCUCAAUGCUGGGCCUCGGGGACAUCGUAAUGCCAGGCCUCCUGUUGUGUUUUGUGCUCCGAUAUGAUGCCUACAAGAAGGCUCAGCUCUUAUCGGCAGAAGCAGGUGUACCACCACCUUCUAAUUUGAAUAAAAUAAGCUACUUCCACUGCUCCCUCAUUGGCUACUUCCUCGGCCUGCUGACGGCAACGGUUUCAUCAGAAGUUUUCAAGGCUGCCCAGCCAGCCCUGCUCUACCUCGUGCCCUUCACGCUGUUGCCCCUGCUCACCAUGGCUUACCUCAAGGGUGACUUGCGGAGAAUGUGGAGUGAGCCGUUCAUCAUCCAGACACAGAGCAAGAACAUGGAUGUGUGACUCAGGAUGAAGCUUAGUGUGUAGUCAUAAGCGUGUGCGUUGUUUUGGUUGGUCAAUCGGUUUUCAUGCACUCACAAUGCAGAAGUGACAGUAGAGUGUCAUAGCUAUUUGAUCCAAGCUUCUGAGAGAUUCUGGGCUGUGCAAUCAUAUUUUCCCAUGAAGAUUGAAAAAAUGAAGGGAAAACGAAGACAAAGAAAUUGUAAUUCAGUGUCGUUUGGAAAGUCAGAGUGCUCGAUGUCGCACUGGACAAUAAUACUGAACUUCCUUGGAAGAUGAAGGAUAAGAUAUAAACUAACAAACAGUGAUUGUCUUUCCAGUAUAAUAGAUGUCAUAAAAUAGUAUAAUAAUGAUAAAAAAGAUUGUAGAAUAGUGUUGAUUCAAAAGGAAGUGGAAAAAAUGAACUAAAAAAUAUUAAAAAGGAGGAAAAUAAAAUUAAACUUCCAUGCCUUUAAACACAGUAGUAUUGUGUUUCUGUAUGUACAAUAUUUAGUAACAUUUUCUUAAUGGUACUAUUGAGCUGGAUGGAAUGAAGCCCACCAUUUUAAUGAAGAAAAAGAAGAAUAUUUUGUAAAUUUGAAUUUCUUCUUUCACAGACAAUUGUGAUAGAGACACUGUGGCUCGACUGGUCAGGUGCAGUUAGGAUACCUUUACCAAGCAGGCACUUCCUUCUGCUUCUUGUAGGUCUUAGUUGCUUGCAUCCUGUGGAAACGCACAAUCACACGGUCCUACGGUUCUGCGGUGCGUCUGUUGGUUUCAUGAACACAUUCAUUCGUGAGCGUGUGCGAAAUCUUGUAACCACCCUACCUUUCACCCACCUCCCCAUUGACCUUCAACCCCUCAGUCCCCACAUCUCCUCUCUCCCCUUCCUUUGUAGUGUGUAGGUGUCCAGGGUACUGUAAAUACACAGCUGUACAGAAAAGCAAAAAAAAUAAAAAAACAAUAAUAACAGAGAUUAUUCAGUGUAUAAUAGAUUGUCUGCAGUCGGGCAGCUGAGAGUUUUAUCGUUUUCCACAGAUACUCAGGCAAAGUAUUGGUAUGUGAGAUUAUUAUGGUUGUGCCAUUGUGUUGGUACAUAAUGCUUGUUUUGGAAACUUAAUAUGUAAGUGAAAAAGACUCUCACCACUCAGAAUACAGAGAGACUAAAGAAGUUAUAAGAUAGAUAAUCUGUUGAAUCUGAUGAGAAAGAGAAGACUGAUUAUUAAGACAUAUGAAAGUAGAAUGGCAGCAUGAUAUUUUUAUAUAUAUUUUGAUUCAUAUAUAUUUUGAUUUUGUGGAAUGACAUCAGAUCAAAUGAAAUGUAUUUAUGUACAUUGCCUCCUGAUAUUAUUCAAGCGCUGAUGUUAACCUUGUGAUUGACAAGAAUAUUGAAAGGAAAAAGAAAAACAAGUAUUUAGUGUUUCCAAUACAAUUGAUGUAAGAUCUUGGUAUAAGAUAUGGAAGUAGAAUGAAUUCAAAUUCUCAUCAUCUUUUGCUUUAUUGUACCAAAUUACAUAGUGUGGGGAUAUUGCCGAAAAGCAACAAAAAUAAUGAGUAAAAUGAAGGCAGAUGCCAUUAGGAACACUGUUCAUGAUUUUUUAUUUAGCUGGCUGGAAUAAACAUACUCAUCUUGGAAGUAAAGUGACAUGGUUAAUGAAUGUCAUACCCCGAACAAAUUUAUUUCUUGUUAGAUUGUGUACAUGGUAGGUAAUUUGUCCAUAGCUAGUUAGCCAAAUUAUAUAAUUGAUAUAGAUAUAUAAAAAAAAGAUCAUUUGAAUGACUGAAUAAAGAUACAUGUAUCUAUGAAGAGUAUUGUAUGCUUGUUGUGAUAUUGUAUUUUGGGGAAAUUCAGUUUGUAGUGAAAGGAUGUGUUCUAAAUUAAUUUUUUUCUCACUGAGUUUUGAGUUCAUUAGUUGGCAUGCUUGAACAAUCAGCAUGUGCUGUGACAAACCUAACUGCCAGUCAGAAUUUAGUGUGUUUGUGUGGGUGUGCAUGUGUAUAUAUACACACUUUCAUUUGUGAGUAUAAAUGUCCAUGCCUAUACAUACAUCCACACACAUACAUGUACAUAUACUUGUGCUCAUGCAGACACACUUGCAAAUGUGCUUAUAUCAAGGUAGAGUGUAUGAGUAUCUUUGUGAGUGAGUUUGCAAUAGUGUACAAGUGUGAACACAUCCAUACUAUGCUAGUCCAUCGAGAAGUCACAAUCAGUUUUGUAAUGAAUCUCACGUGUCAAGGUAUUAUAACGUUAAUGAGAUUUUGUAACAUUGUCAUUAUGUAAUACACGUCUUACUGACUCAUAUCCAUUAAAAUAAAGAAUAAAAUCAUCCCUUUUUAGUCUUUUAUGUGGAAUGAAAAAAUGAAAAAAAAAUCUCUUUUAGUCUUUUACGUGGAAUAAAACAUUACUUCA